AUGACCGAGAUCGUAGAAAUUGAGCUCGUUACUCCAUGCACGCACGUGCGCCUGGGUUUUAUGAGAGCGAUAGCUCGUGCAUUUUCAGUCUCCAAAAGCAAUUGGAGACGUUCCCUAAAUAACAAUGGUCGAAUUACCACCAGGACUGCCAAAAAACUGCGCGCCAGCUUCGACCUAUACGACAAGAAUAAGAGUGGAUCGGUCGACAUCUAUGAAAUGACCCAGUGCGUUGCGUCUCUCGGACACACGCUGACGGCUGAACACAUUGCUGACAUCUUCAAAACUGUGGACAUCGAUGGAGAUGGAAAAGUGGACUUUGAUGAAUUUGUUCUCAUCAUGAGCAAAUGCCCGCGCCAAAUCCCGCUGCUUAGCUGCAAAGACGACACGGCCUUUGGCUUGAAUGCAUUGAAUUUGCGCUCCGGGAAUCUUGUUCACUCAGUAGGGCUGGUUGAUGACAAUAAAGAUGGCUUUGUCACCCUAGAGAAAAUUCAGUCCUUUUCACGCACAAACAAAAUCAUUGCCGAUGUUUUCCCUUAUGAAAAUCUUAAAAGAAAUGAGGAAAAUAAAAAGAUAAUUGAUGAGGCUUGUCGUGAUAUGAACAUUGAUUUUGAUAUUUUUCAAUACAAACCUGUGUUAUUUUGUAGUGAAUGUGUUAAACAUUUUAUUGUUAAUGAAGGUGUGACGAAGUUAAAAUGUUUCAAGUGUGAUAAGGGACAGCGUUCCAAGGACGGUAUAAUUUUAUGUUCUACUUGUGGAAAGUAUAUUAGGGAUUGUAUAGAGAGCGGUUUUGCGAAACGCCUUAAUGGGCAUUGGUCUCUUGAAAGAGAUCGUAAGAAACAAAAGGAACGAUUCAAAGAGUUUAUAAGGACAGAUUUACCGAGAAAAUUGCGGGUUAUGUAUGAAAGAGGCAAAUGUUGGAAGGAAUUUAUGGUUUUACUUUGGGAAUUAUUAGCAGAAUACAAUCUAUUAAAUAGUGCUAUCAUAAAAAUAUUUUAA